AGUUGUUUUUGAUCUGUCACGGAGUGAGUACGUUCAGUGCCGAAGAAGUUCCAUUCAUCAGCAGUUUUGUGUGUUUUUUGUCCAUUUGUGUGGUGAAGAAAUACCAUCCGUGCAGUCCAGACUUGCAAUGAUCAUUCUGUGAAUACCAAUCACCGUGGAAGAGCUCAAAGAAAUUAUAUUGGAUAAACAAUGUGGGUGCCAACGAGCAAUAAAUACGGAGUGGCCAUCCACAAUUGGCACGGUGAUGUACGAUGUGGCCUACCCUUGGACGUUGGAGACUCCGUUGAGAUUCUCGAAGAAUAUGGCCCAUGGUUUCGGGGAACAUGCCCCAGGAGACCGAGAAUUGUGGGGUUAUUCCCCAAAUCAUACAUUCACAUAAAAGACUUGAGCAAAGUGGAUCCAGUUGUGGCUGAAUGUACUCAAGUUCUCCGCGAAUGGUCCGAAAUAUGGAAGAAAUUAUUUGUGGAAAGGGAAACCUACAAAUUUACAACACUACGAAAGGUGAUGCUUUCACUUCUGGAAAGCCGACGUGAAUUGCUGGGACUCACAUUAACGCAAGAUCAAACGUUAGAGUUGCAGCUGAAAGUUAUUUCCAAAAUAGACUGGGGAAAUCGGAAAUUAUGUCUGGACUUGGUGCCGAGAAUUGGACCAUUGGCUGUUAAUCCGCACAGUAUUGGGAUUGUAUCUCUGCACAAUGUUCACGUGAAUAGUGCUGAAAAUGCCAAAGCGUCUUCUAGUCGAGGCACAUUGAGGAGGAAGACAACUAAAACCAUCCUCACCCAUCAUCUGUACUUCUGCAUGCGAGACUUUGGGCAUCGCAUUGGGGAUGAUGCAGAAGUUUACUUUUACCUCUAUGACGGCAAUACUGCCCGUAUGAGAGCCCUCUCUGAACGAUUCCUGGUCAAAAUAUCCAAAGAUGGCUUCUCAAAUUACAUCGAGAAGCUCCACAGCAAUUGUACAGUCUUCACGGAUCUCGGGGUUUCGGAUCUGAGUGCUGAUCUCUACCUCGUUGCCAAUGUAAUGCGCGUUGGGAGGAUUCUGCACUCAGAAAGCAUAAAGAAGGGUGAUAAAUUGAUGGGAUCGCAAAACUACAGACGACCCUAUGGGGUGGGUGUCCUGCCUCUGGGCGAAAUAGCGCAGUAUGACAAUUCAAUUGAACCAGAAGAGAAGGAGUUCAGUUUCAAGAUAUUCCAAUGCGAAGAGAAGGACUACCAUCAACUACACGAGUUGAUUAUAAAGAAAGCAAGCGGGAAGUUCUCUCCGAUCAAUGCGAGUGGACAAAAUCACUAUGGGCUAGUUGUGUCACUUAAACUUCUUCAUGGUGGUCUAGGGCAGGCAAAGUUGGAGCAACCUCUUCUGUUCCAGGGCACAACAAUCACCCGCAAAAUGGGCUUCCCGGAUGUAAUAAUGCCCGGAGAUGUGAGAAAUGAUCUCUUCCUGACCCUCGAAAGGGGAGAAUUUGAGCGUGGUGGAAAGAGUACGGCCAAGAAUAUUGAGGUAACGGUCCUAGUUUACGAUGCAACGGGGAAGAUUCUCAGUGAAUGCCUGUGGGGAGCUUCUGGGAUGGAGCCCUACAAUACGUAUCGCUCAAUGAUUCUCUAUCACCACAAUUCGCCAUGUUGGAAUGAAACCCUCCGGCUAAGUGUGCCCAUUGAGAAGUUCUCAAUGGCGCAUAUUCGCUUUGAGUUCAGGCAUUGCUCAACGCGUGAGAAGAGUGAUCCGAAACUCUUUGGAUUCAGCUUUGCACGGCUGAUGGAACCGAGUGGGGCAACCCUGGCUGAUGGGACGCACGAAUUGUACGUCUAUAAAUGUGAAGAUCCAACUAAACUUCUCUCAGCGAGCUACUUGAAGCUUCCAUGUUGGGCUAAUGAUGAGCAGGCACAGCAGGAUAACAGUUCAGUAUUCCAUAGAAGCUCAAAGGAGACUCUGUACGUGAAGAGUCUUCUGUGUUCAACGAAACUCACACAAAAUGCAGACUUGCUGUCCCUGCUUCAGUGGCGAACACAUCCGGAGAAGAUUCAGGACGCCCUGACACGUGUCCUGAGGCUGAGGGAUGAGGAGUUGGUGAAAUUCCUGCAGGAUGUUCUCGAUGCUCUCUUUGCGAUGUUCUCAAAUGAAGAGGGCAACAGUACGGAGCAUUCAGGCCUCGUUUUCCACGUUCUCGUGAGCAUCUUCAGCCUCCUGCAGAGCAGCAAAUUCCAACACUUUAAGCCAGUCAUUGAUGAGUACAUUGAGAAUCAUUUUGCAGCUGCUCUCGUCUACAAAGGACUCAUUACGUCUGUUCAGCACUUAGCUGAGUGGAUGACAUCAGCUGAACGUCCGGAACCCAUUCAGAAGUGCUUCGGAUCGCUCGAAUAUAUCUUCAAGUUGAUAAUUCAGUCAAGGAAGUUAUUCUCCAGAGCUACAGGAGGACAAUAUGAGGAAUCCUUUAGAAGGGAUCUCUAUUCCCUGUUCACAGCUCUCAAUCGUAUGCUCUCUGUGCCAUCGUACGAUGUUAUCCUUCUCACGCAGGAAGCUCUUCUGCAUUCAACGGGAAUUGUUCUUGAGCAAUUGAAAGGGACUCUUCCACCGUCGGAGCUGGGAGUUUUAGCUCGGAAUAUGCUGGAUGCUGUUCCGAGGGAUUCUCAGCCACGUCUUAUUCAGGCAAAGAUGCAGGCAGUUAAGGAUUUAGUUUCGGGACAACUAUUUCAUGACGAUGAAUCACGAUCUGUGAUUCUGACUGUGGCGUGCAAGCAUCUGCGUAUCCACUUGGCCAGGAGGGAUGAACUGCGACUCUGCAGUGAAAUUCUCGGAGAGAUUCUUAAUCACACGCAUGAACUGAAGCUGCAACAGCUGGAAAAGCCCUCAAAUACCCUUCAGCAUGACUUGGAUGCUCUGUCAACGAAUAUCCUGGAUAUGCUGAUGCAAGCAAUAAUGAUCAUCAUGGAAGGAUCUCCGAGUGUUCUCUCCCCACUCGUGGCAGUUCUUCUGGGCAUUUUGCAGCAAAUGGAUGAGGUGCACUACAAGCACUUGUGGGAUGAGUUGAGCAUGAAUGGGGAAUCGAUGGAGCUGAAGGAUUUCCUCCAUCGUACCUUAGCUGUCUUCAAGGAACUCCUCACGCAGGAUUGGCAAGUUUUCCCCAAUGAUUGGCUCGUCAUGAAGAUGGCUGCCAAUGAUGUGGUUCGGAAGGCACUGGAGGAAUUUGCAAAGCCUCUAGUUUAUCGCUAUUUGGGACCGAAUGUGUUUGAUUCUCAGCUCUGGUGGGCUUACUUCAGCUUAGCUGUUACCUUCCUGACACAGCCCUGCCUGCAGCUUGAACAGUACCAUGAGACAAAGCGGCGGAAGAUUCUUCAUGCUCAUGGAGAUAUGAGGGUUCUAAUGGGAUUCCAGAUUCUCAGCAUGUGGUCACAGCUUGGGGAUCACAAGCUCCAUUUUAUCCCCUCAAUGGUGGGACCCUUCCUCGAGGUGACACUCGUACCAGAGCCAGCACUACGGAGAGCCACCCUGACUGUCUUCUACGACAUGAUGCAAUGCGAACAGGCCUCCCGAGGAUCCUUCCGUCUUGUGGAGAGUGAACUAAUUGACAAGCUAGAUCUCCUGAUUAGCGAGAAUAAAGGGGAUGACGAGUACCGAGAGCUGUUCAGUACGAUUCUGCUGGAGAAGGUUCAAAUGGAGGCACCCACUUGGCAGGAAGCCGGAGCGGCUUUUAUAACUUCCGUCACGAGACUGCUGGAGCGUCUCCUUGACUACCGGAGUGUCAUGCAGGGUGAUGAGAAUCGUGACAAGAGAAUGUCCUGCACGGUGAAUUUAUUGAAUUUCUACAAGAAUGAAAUUAACAGGAAGGAGAUGUAUUUGAGGUACAUCUACAAACUCCUGGAUUUACAUAUCCAAGCUGAAAACUACACAGAAGCGGGGUUCACGCUGAAACUCUACGCUGAUAUGCUGAGCUGGGAUCGGGAGACGCUGACUUUCUCCCCGCAGGACAACAUUGGACAGCCAGAAUGGCAGCGGAAGGAACAUCUCUACCAUGAGAUUCUGGAGUUCUUCGACAAGGGAAAAUGCUGGGAGAAGGGAAUCCCCCUCUGCAAGGAGCUGGCAACUCUCUAUGAAACUCGUCGCUUUGACUACAAUCGCCUCAGUGAGAUUCUCAUCACAGAAGCAAAAUUCUUUCAGCAAAUUCUCACACAAAUUCGCCCAGAACCGGAGUACUUCCGCGUUGGUUUCUACGGGAUGGGUUUCCCACUUUUCGUGCGGAAUAAGCAAUUUGUCUACAGGGGGUUGGAAUAUGAGCGUAUUGGGGCUUUCACGCAGCGCCUCCAGACGGAAUUCCCCCAAGCGCAGAUUCUCACGAAGAAUUCCCCACCGGAUCAGUCGAUUCUCUCCGGCCCGGAGCAGUACAUCCAGAUAAGCAAUGUACGUCCAAUAGCUGAUCAUCCGCAUCUCAAGAGUGCCAUGGUGCCGGUUCCGGAGAAGAUUGCGCGGUACUACCAGGUGAAUGAUGUGACGCGCUUCCAGCACGAUAGGCCCGUGUACAAGGGCGUCGUGGACAAGGAUAAUGAGUUCAAGAGUCUCUGGAUUGAGAGGACAGCCCUGGACAUUGCGAGCCCUCUUCCGGGAAUUCUUCGGUGGUUUGAGGUGACAGCACGAUCGGUGCAGGAGGUUACACCCGUGGAGUAUGCGUGUGAGACAAUGGGUAAUGUGGGGAAGGAGCUUUGGGACUUAGUGGCGCAAUAUCGCACAGAUCCCCGGAAGAAUAUCAAUCCCUUCACAAUGCGCCUCCAGGGGAUCAUUGAUGCGAACGUAAUGGGUGGGAUAAGCAAGUAUCAGGAGGCAUUCUUCACGGAGAGCUUCACAAAGUCCCCCCAGGGGCAGGGUCAGGUGGCGAAUGUGCAAAAGCUCAAGUGUCUCAUCUUGGAGCAGGUGCAAGUGUUGGAGACUGCUCUUGAGCUUCAUGGGCAACUUGCUCCGGCUUCAGUGCAGCCACUGCACAAGAGACUCCUUGAGCGAUUCUCUCAGAUGAAGCAGAGCCUCUCGGGGCUGGGAAAGCUGAAGCGUCAGCAUAGUGAGAGUAUCGUUAACACUCCUCUUCCACCGUUGCCAAUUGAGAAACGCGCCAUGAGCCUCGGGAAUAGUCAUGCGGGGAUUUAUGAGCAGGAUGACAUCUACACACGUCCAGCAGAUGGUGCAAGAGCAGUUCCGGUGAAUAUCGGAAAUAGAGAAGCUCUGGGGAUACUCGAAAUCACUCCUGCAACCACAAAUGGCGUUCACAGCUCCGCUCCACCUGUUCCAGCACGUCCCAAAUCCGCUGGAUAUGUGAGUUUGAGUGAAAGUCCCGAAGUUCCGCCAAAGAGAGAAGGCGCCAAAAGUUCUCUGGGCUCACCGAAUGCACCACCAUUGCCCCCAAGAGGCUACACGCCCGACAAGAGGGCCUCAAAUCCCAUUCCCUUCGCCGAGUGCGAUCAACAAGCCCCCAAUAUCCCACGACGAUCUCACAAAUACUCCGUUGUGGACAUCAGUCUCGAUGAUUCGGACACGAGUGAGCAGAAUAAUCACGAUGUGGACUAUCGUGACUCCGGAAUCUCCACCAGCAGCACAGAUCUCAAUCAACUGAACAAUCUCAAUGCCUACGAGGAGUACCACGUACGAGGGCAUCACAAAACAAGCUCCAACCCCGAAGUGCUCAACAUUCAGGCAGCAGAACUCAUGUCCCUGGCUGCGGGCUUGGUGGGCUCAGGGAGUCUCGAUGGGGUGUGUGUACCGCCGCCAAUUCCCCCGAAAACAAACAGCAUCAACUCAAAUUCCAACCAUAGCCUCGAGAGGAUCUCCACGGGGUCCAAUUCCGAUGGCUACUGCGUGCCAAAGAAUUCCGUCUCAGCGUCGUGUGAAAAUUCCGUCGAUGGUAACUGAAUGAAUCCCCCAAAACCCACCAAAAAUCCCUUCCAUUUAUCUCUUUUACAAAGAAUCUAUAAAUAUUGAAGUGAAAGCUCUGCUUGAGGAGCAAGCAAAUGCGCCAAUUUCCCUGCCAAAUUUUCCCUGCUCUGUGCUUCAGGCUGAAGGAUAAAAGUUUUACAAAGAAAAAGCGAAAGAUGAGUGAUUUGUGUCUUAAUUAAUUUUAUUGAAAAGGCUGAGAUAUUUUUAUUUUUAGUUUUAUCGUGAAAAUUUUAUUUUGAGAGAUUUUUUAAAAUUAUUUUUGGUAAGUUUUAAGUCUUGAAGAAAUUGAAGGAAAUUCAUGAAGUUUUUGACUUUAUGAAGAAGAGAAGAAUGAACAACGAAAGAUUUUUUUAACCCUUUGUGACAAAAAAAGCAUUUUAUAUUUUUACGUGUUUUUUUUUUGUUUUAAAUAAAAAAAAAUGAAUUAAAACGAAAGAUUUGAUUAAAAAUGCAAAUAAUGUCGUCAAUGUAUUUAUUGUCUGUUUCAUUGCAUGAAACAUUCGCGGUAAUGUUUCAUCGGUGUAGGGGAGACCGGGGUAAAAAUAGUCAUUUUGGAAUUUUCAAAUGCCAAUUUCUCCCAAAAUAUAAAUCGGAAAAAUCGGAAAAAAUUAGGGUGCAAAGCCCUACCAACCUAUAAUUUUUGACAGUAAUUUGGAGGUUAUCCGAUCAGUACUUUGGGAGUUAAAAUGAAAAUAGAUUUUUGGCCCAUUUCCCAAACUUUUGCGUAUUGAGAAAAACGCGUUUUCCGAACAUUUCCUUCAGCAGUUUUCCCAUCUGAUAAUUUUUCUCAUUAGCUGGAUUAGUGCAGAAAAUGUUGCCAAGGUGUAUUCUUCAAUAACUUUUAAUGAUUUUUCUCUACAAUUAUUUGAAUCAAAACAUACCCCUUGGGGUAGAUCGGGUCAACCCAUGUAAAUCAUAUGGGAGAUCGAAAUUUUUGGCAUAUUUUCUAUUCAUUUGUUGCAAAAUGGCGUGUUUGAGAAAAUCGCAAAAUUCUCUGUUUUAGUGCAUAUAAAAGUGAAAUUCCUUGUCGCGGAUAAAAAGGUGAGAAGUUUAGCUAUCAAUUACUAUCAGUCUCUCAGGUGGAAAAUCAUUGGAAAUGCCGGAAAAUUCGACCGACUUUAUUUAGCCAACUGGUGACUAUAUUUACCCGCCGCGUUUAAAAAAAGUCAGAAGCGGAAGGGUUUAGGAAAAGCUCGAAAACUCAUAUUUCCCGUGGAGAUAGAGAAAAGUGGUCUGAGACAAAGUUGUAGGCCAGGAAAUUUUCUAUAAGAAUGACCUAUCGAGGAAAUUUUCUUGCCCUUGGGGAAUCCUGCAGAUAAGGAUUUACGCAAAUUGACUAUUUUUACCCCGGUCUCCCCUAUUAUGACAAUCUAUUUUUAAAACAUUUCUGAAACAUUUUUUAUUUUAGACUGUAGGAAGGUUUUUUUUGUUCUUAACCCUUUCGCUUCCUCAUGAAACAUUGAAACAUACGCUUUUUUAUCACGAUAUUAAUUCUGUGGAUGCUUUCAAAGGAUUUUUCUCAGUCAGAACAUCUUCUUUGACCUCUUUUGCGUGAAUUUGAUCAUUUAAAUCUGAAAAAAAUAAUUAAAUUCAUUAAGAAUUUGAAAAAAAAAUGUUUCAAUUGAAAGUGUCAAAAGCUGUUAAUUGCUUUUUGGCGUCCACGUGAAACAUUGAAACAUCUGAACUUUUUAUUGCAAUAUUUACUCUAUUAAUGUUCUCAGACGACAUUUCUCAAUCAGAAUGUAUUUUUUGUCCUUAUUAUCGUAAAUUCAAAGCAUUUGUAACUUUAAAGCGCAAUUUAAUUCAUUAAAAUUCAGGAAGUUAAAAUGUUUCACAUUUCAGUUAGCAUGUAACCCAAAGGAACGCAAAAGGGUUAAAAGUUCUUAAUUAAGUCUAAAAGAAAAACCUUCAGCCUGAAAGCACAACAAAAAUAAUUAAUUCCCUUAAAAUAAUUUAACUCAACAAGAAACUUCCAAAAUGGUUUUGCGGCGGAAUGCAACCCAUCAUCGAAAAGACCAAAUAUUUUGUAGUUUCAACGAAGAAGUUUUGUUGUGAACUUGCUUCGUGCGUAGAAUUUGUAGAAACAAGAAAAAUUAGAAAAGCUCCAUUUGUGCAAUUUUUAUGUGUCUCGCGCGUCUACAUAAUCCUUUUCUAAACGUCUUUCAUAGUAAAUUUUAAUGCUUGUAAUCUUUUUCAUUUUUUUUGGUACUUUUUUGUGCAGCUGAGGACAAGAGGAUACAUUUUGUGAAGGGGAAAAAAAAGAGAAAAAACUGAAAAGAAUAAAAGACUUUUGAACUUUAGGUCAUCUCUCUACAAUGACCAAGAAACGGGGAAAAAUGGUUUCUCGAAAGAGAUGCACAAACGUGUCGCUAAAGGGUUAAUCAAACUUUCAUGAAUCGCGCACAAUUUGAAUCUCGCUGAAUGUUUGAUUUUGAGCGGGUUUUUUAAGAAGAUUUUAAGGAGUUUCCCACCCUCAGCUGCUGAGAGAAUUUUUCUAAUAAAAAAAAACUUUAAGGAACAGACAGAAAAAGAAAUUCCCAGAGGAUCAAAAUUGUCUCAAGUAUCAUCCUCUUUGUGGGGAUAUUUAUACGAAUGUAAUAUUUAGAGAAGAAGAGGAGAAGAAAGGAAAGCAUUUACAUGUAAUUUGAUAUUUAAACAUUAACUAGUCAACGGAGGAUGAGGAACAAAAAAUAAAAUGAUGAAGAAUAAAAUUAAUGAAAAAAAUG